AUGGCUCCAACAGCAACAGCAACAGGUGAGCCUCAAGCCAUGCCUUCAAGUGGUCAGUCGCUUGCGGCGCGUCACGGGGUUCGGUCUACUCGUUUCAGAAUCAUCGCUACGCAGCUGUCGAACGGUCUCAUGGCAGAGCUCGCCCAAACUCAGAAAGAUAUUACGGACUUGGAAGCUACACAUGCCGAAGCUAUUGCGAGCAAGAACACUAAGAUCAUUACUCUCGAGGACGAAGUCGACGCUUUGAAGGUUCGCAACGAACAACUACGUGCCGAGACCGAAAGUGACAACGACGACAGCGACAACGAAGACAUAGCGGAGCUUGAGAUUGAGCUGGCCAAUGAAAAAGCUAAAAAUGCGGACGAUGCUGGAGCGCAGCAGGAGCUGAAGCGCAUCAAGGAGCAGUUAGGCACAGUGAUCGCUUUGCUUUACGAUUCUGAGUCAAGUUUGGUCGACAUGAUUACAUCUAUACUCCACAACCAGGCUGGCUGA